UAGUCGACACUCGUGGACGACCCUUCACCACGGUGGCAACGUGCGUGUAUGUGUAUGUGUAUGUGUGUGUGUGUGUGACAGCUCCCCUUUCCUGCGAGGGAGAGAAUGAGAAUAGUGGAUGUAGUUUCUACUUGUAGGUACAGCGCGGCAACAGAGAAGUCACUUCAAAAGAUUUUGACAUGAAGAAGGAUAUAGACACAUUAAUAGCAGAAGAACGGGCUGAAAUCAUCUCUAAAUAUGACAAGGGGAGGCAGGAGGGUGUCAACAUUGAUCCAUGGGAGGAUGCCAACUACAGCAUCUAUAAAAUCACUGACCGCUUUGGCUUCUUGCAUGAAGCAGAUCUGCCAGCACCCAGUGUGCUUGAAGAAAAGCAAAAGCAGCAGGAGCUAGAGCGAGUGGAGAAAUGGCUGAAGAUGGUGAAGAAAUGGGACAAAUACAAGAACAGUGAAAAGUUGGUGAAGCGUGUAUAUAAAGGUAUUCCUCUUCAACUGAGAGGGCAAGCUUGGGCCCUGCUUUUGGACAUAGAGAAAGUGAAACAAGAUGGUAAAUAUGAGAAAAUGAAGCUGCAGGCUCGUAACUUCUCCACAGAAAUUAAGCAGAUAGACUUAGAUGUCAACAGAACCUUCAGGAACCACAUCAUGUUCAUGGACCGCUUCGGAGUGAAGCAGCAGGCACUGUUUCACGUAUUAGCAGCUUACUCUGUCUACAACACGGAGGUGAGCUACUGCCAGGGGAUGAGUCAGAUCGCUGCCAUCUUGCUCAUGUACCUGAAUGAGGAAGAUGCCUUCUGGGCUCUGUCCCAACUCCUUACCAACAACAAACAUUCCAUGCACGGGUUCUUCAUCCCGGGAUUUCCCAAGCUGUACCGUUUCCAAGCUCAUCAUGAGCUAAUCCUGUCCAAAAUGCUGCCUAAGCUGAAGAAACACCUGGACAAGGAGCAGAUGACAACAGGGAUUUACACAACAAAAUGGUUUCUGCAGUGCUUCAUUGAAAGAACGCCGUUCACCCUUACCCUGCGUUUAUGGGACAUCUACAUAUUAGAAGGGGAGAGGAUGCUGACGUCUAUGGCUUAUACUGUCCUCAAGUUGCACAAAAAGCGCCUACAGAAGCUUCAAUUAGAGGACCUGAGGGAAUUUCUUCAGGAAGAGCUUGCUGGUUCUUUCUUCGUGUCUGAUGAUAUUGUAGUUGAACACUUACAGGAUGCAAUGUCUGAACUACGCAGUAAAAAGCUGGACCAGCCUCCUCCAGCCAAAUCAGAUGAGUUGCCCAAGAAGCCUCUGGGUCAAGAGAGGCCAGUCCUCCUUCUCCCAUUACAGCCUGAGGUCAGAAUAAGUCUGCAGUCUCAGAGCCAGACCAGUACAGAGACCCAACAAACAUUUGGAAUCACCCCACAUCAGCCUCCUUCCCGUACAGCGCCCCAGGAAUCUAGAAGCCUCUCCAGGGUAAACACGCCUAGUUUGCCUUCACCAGACCCCGUCGUGGUCCACACACAAGGGACCCCUUCUUCUCUGAGGCCUUGUCAAAAUCCUCCAGUCCCUCCAAAAGUAGGCAAACCUUGUCCUGGAGUAGGGAGACAUGUUAAGGAGUUGUUCCCAGCAGUUAGCCUGGAGAGGGGAAAAGAGGAAAACAAGACCACAGACCCAGAGAUCCAAGAAGAACCUAUGGCUUGGCCUCCACCCUAUGAACCCCCUCCUAUGGAUAUGCUUAACAUGCAGGCAGAGGAGGAAAUCAUGGACCUUCCUGAUCUACCACCUCCACCUUUAUUUUACCCUGACCAGAGUGACCAAAUGCCCAUAGACACUGGCUCACUCCAUCUGGGGUCUAGGACUGGCCCAGGGACCCAGCAGUCCUCUCCUUCCUCCUACUCAGCCUCAUCACUGGUCACUCAAAUUAAGCUAUCUCCAAAACCAUGCCCAAAACAGCCCAUGCCACUUGACCUCAUGCAGAAAAAACCUCUGCCCUCAAAACUCUCCCCUAACCGUGCUUUCACAGAAUCCUCUUCUUCCUCAUCCUCCCCCAGAAUUCCUCCAAAGCCAACCAAGUUCCCAGUCUCUCUGUACGUCCCAGUGUCCCCAGGAGAUAGGCGGCCUUCCAACACGUCUCAGUAUGACAACCUUUCUGAGGUUGAUGAAGAUGACCGAAACCUGCAGAGAUUGCUGAGCUCCACCCCUGAGGAAAUUCCCAGCAUGCACAACAACCCGUCAUACAACAGAGAGUAUGACCCUGCUCUGUACCCACUGCCUCCACCUCCUGUCUUCAUGCGGCCUUCUCCUUCUCCUCUUCCUCCCUCGCUGUGUGCCCUUCCCAGUUUGCCACAGGAACCAGAAUAUGCAGGAGGGGACAGCUGGGAGAGGGAUCCUAUCAUUCCUCCUCCUCCACCUAGUUUUGCUGACAGACUCAAUUCCUUCCAGUGCACCACUGACAGUUGUUCAGACCCACACAGAGCCACGUCACCUGGUUAUUCUAAGCCUUUCUCCAGGGGCCCCAGAGACCAUUCUGCCUUCCCAGCACCACUGUUGUACACUGGGUCCCCUCCAGCUCACUUGAGGUCCUCAGGACAGUCAGCAGUAGGGGUACCCUUGGUCCAGUCCAGCCCAGACUUUUGCAGGGUGCCUCAAAGUGGCCAUCAGUUGCCCAAAUCUGUGACAUUUUGAAGUGUUAUGCAAGCAUUACUGAUUAUGCCAAUAUGCUUGGGAUUCUCUGUUACUGCUUGUUUAUUUUUCAAAGCUGUUUUAAAAGUGAAAGGCCAGUACCUUUUUUAAUUUGUCAGGUGUGUAUGUGUGUGUAUGUGUGUGUAUGCGUGCGUGUGCAUGUGUGUGUGUGUGUGUGUGUGUGUGUGUGUGUGUGUGUGUGUGUGCUCGUGCUCAAUGUGUAGAUUUCUGAUACUUGCACCUUCUUUUAUGGGCAGUGGUGUCAAAUUUGUAUUUAAAAUUGGUUUCUAACGGUCUUAACUUACCCGCUCUUGUUACCAUGUGAGAACAUGUGGUUUCAGUUUUAUGGAUGAUAAUGAGAAAUUUGCAAACAAAAGUUUAUCUCUCACGAGCUGCGCAUUUCACCAUUGCUUUGUUUCAUGCCAUUUUUGACAUUGUUCCAACAAAGUGUCUUAACGUCACGGUGCACUGAUGGUAGCAACUCUAACACAAGGGCUUUGAGGCUACCAAGCAAGACCUUUAUUUUUGCAUCCAAAGCCUAUACAUUUAUGCUGAAUUUAUAUCAAACUGUGAGCAGGCUCACAUCUCUAACAGUUUGUCAAACUGUAACGAGAAACUGUUAAUAACACUUUUCCUCACAGAAUCUUUAGGUCAGUACUUGAUCUUAAAAAAAAAGGACCACUAAUGCAGUGCGCAAGCAAGCUUUUCAGAGAAUCUAAAGCUGUAACCACCAACAGCAGUAUGAAAUGAUCUAAUACUUCACUGGUUUAAAUACUGAAGUUUAUGUCACAGCCUGGUCAGGUCAGCUAUUUCCCAGGCAGGUAGCAGUGGGUACUGUGUGUUUUUUUUUUUUUAAUUUCUUUAUUUGGAUGCUGUUAUUUUCAAAGGAAUAGUUCCAGUGUUAUACCUGUUUCUCUGAUACUUGAUCUCUCAGCAAUAACGUAUCGUGUAUAUGUUCAUGCAUGUAUCAAU